AUGGCGCACGCAGUGUCUCCGUCUCCGUCUUCGGCGACCUCCGCGCCAGCCAACGGCGCCGUUGAUCUCACCCCCGCGCUGCGACAGUAUUUGGAAGGAGAGUUCCAGAAGAUCUCGUCCGUCCAGCGCCAGUGUCUGGGAGAAGUCCAGGCGAUCAAGUCCGCGAUGGCGACAUCCCAUCCGCCGCUCACGAACACCUUCCCCGCUGCGCUGAUCACUGAAUACGAAGACCCGCUCACAAUCAUCCUCCGCUCAGUCCAAGAAGACGGCUUCCUCGCCUUGCGACCGAGCGCCACCGCGCUGCGCUUCCUACCCUUGAGCGCUGAUCUAAGCAGUGCGGUUCCCGAGGAGCGCCGAGAGGACAGGUGCAAGCAGCUCAAAGGGCUGCUCGGAAAGUUGUUUUCAACAUACAAAGACGACUUUCCGGCCCCGAGAGACGCCCUGUCCCGCCAGGUUGUAGCUACUUUAGCUUUUGCCGUUGAGCGUCGAGCUUUCUUGGUCGCCGCUGCCGUUGAGCGGUCGAAUCGCAUGCGGAUGGUUAGAUACUACGACUACGUGUGCGGCUUGUUGUUUCUGCUGCAUGACGCUUGCACAGAUAAAGCCAUUGGUCGGAAGAUUGUUAGUGCUGUCGUUGCCCGGCAGUUUCCUGAGAAAGUGGUGGUUCUGUUUGCGAAGACGUCUGACGAGUCUGCUGUCGCCAGCCAGUUGUGUGCGCAGGACAAGACGGCCGGAGAGGAACACUCGAAGCGCGGUUGGAGGGAGUCGCACCCCAAUGACGACCACUCGGAUGCGGGAAGCGUGGUCGAUACUGAUGAGCUGUCGAACCAGGAAGACCCAGUGCCCUGCCUCUGCUCGGGAGUGCACCGCCGGGAGGUAGAGAAAGGAUGCAUUCGCAUUGAAAAGCUCAACCUGAAGAAGUGCGUCUAUGGCGGCGAUCCUACAAUGCGCCACAAAGAGCCUACGCAUAUGAAGCACUACAAGGAUGUGAUGGAUAAGCUGGGCGACUACUCUCAUAUGGAGGCGAAGCCCAAUCUCGGACUGCUUUUCGAAGACGAGAAUGGUCGAGUGUUACUUCCAACCCCUCCCCUCACUCCGCCAGUCGAGGUGGCAGAGGACGUUGGCGUCAGCCGAGUUGACACUUUGGUCAACGAGGUAACGAUUCCUCCAGUGGUUGCCAGCACUCCUCCCACUACCACUGCCGAGGAUGCCGCGCCUUCAGUGGGCACGGUGGAGAUUUCACAAGAUACCAACGAGCAAGGACAGAGUCAGAUUGAGGGUGGUGAGAACGGCGAUCAUGGAAACGCCGGCGAGGAGGCCUUCAGUCCGUCUUCUGAUUUUGAUUCUAUUUUCGAUUCCGCUCCACCAGCAGAGAUGCCUGAAGAUUUUGGCACCGUUCCGAAUACCACCGACUCUCAUGAGGAAUGGCUAUGUAAAGAGAUGAUGGAGGGGCUUUCCACACCCAAUGAUCAAGAGCAGACUCAACAGUUGGACCCUGCUGGUGUCACCAACCAUGGCAGCACCAUCGAGGAUACCGUUAGCCCGCCCACGCAGGCCGGCGAUAUCGGUGAAUCUCCUGAAGUGAGCCACGAGGAGGCUUGCACAGCAACACGAGAGGAGGGUGCUAUCUGCUCCGACCUCCAUAUACAUACGACACAAUUGCAGCCGACCACAUCCGACUUGGCCAAUAUCAACGAACCAACACAGGGCUGCGAGGCUGGCCACCAAGCACAAGCCGGCGAGAAUACCUUCGGCACCUUGGCCAAGGCCACUUCCGAGGUCGAUCAGUCACCCGAAGUGACUCAAGGAGAGUUUCCCACAGCCAUGGCCAAGGGCCCGGACGAUUCCGCGUCUAUGGAGGGCUUGGAAGAACAUGCUCACCGUGACCUCUCGAACUCCCUCAACUCCCAGCCAUCCCAGUCAACAGCCAUGCUUUCCAGCGCUGUAAUUACUCAGCAGACGAACAACACUCCGUGUUCGAGCCCCAUCUCGUCACAUCAUAACAACCACAAGAUGGAAGAUGCAUUGAACUUCAAUAGCCCAAUCAGUGCUGGUGGUUCUCUCCCGAAUGAUAACCAAUCACGCACUGGGUUCUUUGCUGCUACUGCGAUUUCAGAGCAACAAAUGCCAGCGCGGAAUACCCAACAAGCAGACGAUCGUCAGGGAGAACCCCAGACACAAACCCACCACAACGACCGGGAAAUGGAGGAUGUACCUACAACACUGGAGAGCACUGCGAUCUUGAAUCAACAAAUUCCAGCGCAGAAUACUCAGCAAGCAAAUGGUCGGCAAGAAGUGACCAGCGUCCAGACACAAGCCCACAACGACGACCGGAAAAUGGAGGAUGCACCUACAGCGCCGGAGGUCGAGAGCACACCUCCUUCGCAUAAUCUGCUGAUCGGCGGAGUUCCGAUCCCCAUGAGCGCUGCAGCCCCUGUAGUUACGCCUUUUCGGCCAGGUUUCUUCUCAUCUGGACUCACCCCCACGAAUAGCCUCACCAACCCACCGAAUAGGGGCCCCGACCUUACCAGCUCCGGACAGCCAGAACAAGACUUAGAGAUGCCACCGGCACCAGAAGAGCCCAAAACGGAGAACCAAGGGCAUGAGAGCACGAAACAUCAAGAAGAAGACGUUCAGAUGUCCGGAGAUGCCCAAGAGCCUUCGGCAGGAGCUGUGUCCGUACAGAUUGGGAGUGCCCCGAUCGCUCCGAAUGCGCCCAUUAGCCCAGCCGUGAUCAAGAAGGAGGCAUCAUCUGGUAAUCCCGGCAAGACCAAUGAGGCACCUCUGGCCGCUAGCAACAUGCAAAAAAAUAGCGAGGGCGAAGUAAAGGCUGAUUCAAGUGCUGAAGAGCUGAAGAAUCUCAGAGAGGCCGAGUCUUUGGCACAGUUCGGCGCGGGCAGCGGCACGCCAGGUCCAGUCUUUCAAGAGCCUUUGCAGCCCACACCCACUCCAUCCCCGGUGCAUACACCGCCCGCUCUCUUGCAGGCGUAUCCCGACCUCCUCAUUAAUCUGCAGCAUUACCUAUCGACCCUGGUCAACGUUACAAAGGCCAUAGGCGGGAUCCCCGCAGAGGUGGUUGAGGUAAUUAAAAACGCUGCAUCAGCACAUGAGCUUGCGAUUCAGCUAGAAAAAUUUGGAGAUUCAAAGUCAAGCGAGCGCGUCAUGACACGCACACAGUACGACACAAUCAAACGAUUCGCCAAACUCCGGGUUCCCGCUGCUAAAGUUACCAAGACAAACUAUGAAGCUGCUUCAACCCCUAUGGAGACCGAUGCUCCACCGCAGUGCGUCGAGCCAAUUCGAACCGCGACGGAAGUCCGAGCGUCUCCGAAGCCCCAGGCCGCCGCGCCACCUGCGAAUCCUGGCUGGGAUACAGAGGAGCUGCCCGAUGCCGGCCCCGGUGGUCGCACCAUCAAGGAACCAACUUCGCAACUGGACUGGGAGCUUGCGAGAAAGGGACCACCGCCGCCAGGAAAGCAGGAAAUCCAAGCUAAAUCCGCGGAGGAGCUUGCAUUGCAGCAGCAACGCAAGGCCGCUGAGUGGAAGAAUCAGCAGUACUAUCGCUCUCCCGCCUAUCGAACCAAGCUCAAAGAGAUCCUCCACGAGCUGAUGACCGUAUUCCGCUCGAAGACCUGCACAAACCAUCUCACAGUCCCCGAAGCAAUGUACGACCGCUUCAUUGACAACAUAGACAGUGGUCGCAUAGCCGGGCUAGACAAGAAACUCCGCAUGAGCCUCGCCGAAGUCGCCAAGGGCGAUCUUAUCGCCUGGAAGCGCGUAGUCGACCAGACGAUGAUGCCCAUGUACCAUAAAGACCUUGAGCCCGAACCCGCCAACGAAGACCACGCCGAUUACCCGGACCGCAAGCACAAUGUCCACUUGCUCUUCCGGCGCAUAUGCGCGACCCACAUCAGCAACGAAGAAGAGGGCUCGUGCUGCCUAAGCUAUGAAGAUAUGAUGGACAAGGCGAGGGAGCUCGAAGCCGAAGCCCUGAGGAAUACUUACUCCUCGGGGAAACGGCCCCCACCGAGGCAGCGUUACGAGGCUAUGAUAUCGACGCUCAUAAAGGAGUGGUCCAAGCCGCAGCCACUCCGGGAUUACUACAAGGCGAAGGUGAACAGACUCAAGUUGGAUGAUGUUUCUAUUAGGAAGCGGAAGGUUGCCCAGGGCGGUCCACCGUUGAAGAAGCGUCGCAAUUCCGAUGCUGCAGAGGAAUAG